AUGAACAUCAGCUUCCAAAUGAUGAUCAUGAUCAAGAUCCUCGUAGCCAACCUCGUCAACGAUUGGAAGACCAAAAUGAAAGGCGACAAUCGAGGAAGAAUCUCUCUAGGUUUGGCAGCGGUCCUUGCUCUAAUGAAAACCGCUAGAUUGUUUUUCCUCCUAGACACUCCCAACUCCAUCCUCGAAUUCGAUGACAUGGUUACUGGGAUCAACGUCGUUAUGCUCGCCGAUAUUAAUUAA